AUGAUGUCAGUCUGGUCGUCACAGUCUCCUUUUUGUCUCAUUCUCAUUUUCUUUCUCGCGAGCGCAAAAUAUGAAGUCACUUACGUCGUCAAAGAGGAAGCUGAUAAUGGGACAUUCAUUGGGAAUAUUUUGGUUGAUUCCGGUCUAAGUGAUGUUAUUUCUACCGGUGGUGACAUGGGAAUACAGCUGUAUGAAGAUCAGGUUACUGGAUUAUUCCGAACCGAUGGAAAUUCAGGUAGACUUGUGGUAUCGGGACGAAUUGACCGCGAAAUGAUUUGUCCUCAACGUGGGACAAUUUCUGCCUCCAACCUCCUACUCGGCGGCGUCGACAACACUCCAAGCAAAUGUCAGGUGGAUUUUAUUGCUCACAUUCCUCCAGACCAUUGGAUAAACAUUGCUGUGAUCGUGGAGGACAUAAAUGAUCAUGCUCCUCAAUUUCAACACAACGACCCGAAUGCAUUUGGAGGACGAACAGCAAACCCUCCAUACAUUGUAUUUAUAAGUGAAGGCGUAAGUAUAGGUUAUGAAGUGCCACUAACUGGUGCGACAGACGAGGACGCUGAUAAUAACGGCAUCCAAUCGUACACUUUGUGUGGCACUGACAUUGAUAAUUCGACAUUUGACUUAAAAUUCGCUCUUCCAGGUGAGUUGAACCUAGUUGUUAAGAAAAAACUGGAUUUUGAAGAAAAAACCUCCUAUAAAGGACAAAUAAAGGCGUGUGAUGGAGGUAGACCAAUACCGCAAUGUGCAUAUCAGAAUAUUUCAAUCUUCAUAACUGACAGCAACGAUAAUAAGCCACACUUUGAUAAAGAAAUCUAUGAAUUGCGAAUUUCAGAGGCGACACCUGUAAUGACGGUUAUUGCUGUAGUUACUGCUAAGGACGCUGAUUCGGGCGACUUUGGGAAACUAACGUACCGCUUUGGACAAGUGUAUGACCAUAAUGCGAUCAAUUUUUUUGGGAUAAAUGAAAAUACUGGGGAAGUGUGGGUGAAGAGACCCCUAGAUGCUAAAAUCAUGUCCCAUUUAAAGAUUCCUGUAAUCGCCCAAGACGGUGGAACCAUACCCAAAACCGGCACCGCAAUGCUUCAAAUAGACAUUGAAGAUGUGAAUAACCACCCCCCAUGGAUUGAAGUCAAACCAAUUAGUCCUCCUGCUGGUAUGAGAAAAUCUACAGACGGUUAUGUUCAACUGUGGGUUGAAGAAAACCAGCCAAUAGGUACCCAGAUCGGAAUUAUUUUGACUGGUGAUCAAGACAUCGGCCCGAACGGUGAAGUUUCCUGUGAACUUAAAGGAAAUAACUCCCCUUUUCAACUGAGCUACUCUAGUUCGGGACAAGAGAGGAAAAUGUAUGGUCUGCAAUCAACAAUUCGAUUUGACUUGGAGGCCAUGCUCCCGCAUGCACCAAUAGCACUUCAAGUUGAGUGUUCUGAUGCUGGAACUCCCAAAAUAGUAUCAAGGCAGAACAUUCAGGUGAACAUUGUGGAUGUAAACGAGUUUCCAGCCCAUUUUACAAAAAUACAGUCAAAUUUAGUGGUUCACCUUCCCGAAGACGCGCCUCCUGGUUCUCUUGUUGUGGAGAUUCAAGCGACCGAUCGUGAUGCGACCCCAAAAAUGAAGUUCGAGCUAGUAGAAAGCGGUAGCAACCUCUUUCGAAUCGACUCCUCCAGUGGUAGGAUCUACACUCUCGGGAGCUUCGACCGUGAACAAACUGGGAAAAUUGAUUUUGCGGUAAGAGUAGUGGAUAUGGAUGUGCUAGGUCCCAGAACCCCAAAUUCAGAAUAUGAACUAGCAAACAUAACUGUUGUUCUUGACGAUGUGAACGACAACAGUCCAGCGUUGGAAAGCAUUUGCACGUUUAAAAUUCUCGAAAAUCGACCUGCAUAUUCAGACCUCAUAGGUCAGCUUAGAGCCUUUGAUCCAGAUCUUGGAGAAAAUGGAACAGUGCGAUUUAUGUCAUCAAAUGAAUUAUUUGACAUAAACCCAAUAUCAGGGAAGAUAUAUGCCAAAGCCGUACUUGAUCGCGAAAUUGUGUCUCAAUACCAGCUUGAAGUUGAGAUCAGUGACUUAGGACGUCCAUUUUCACGGAAAACACUGGAACGGAUCAGUAUUAUUGUGGAGGAUGUUAAUGAUAACGAGCCUGUCUGGAAAGUGCCAGAAAAAAUGCAUCAGGAAAUUAGCAUAACAGCAGUGACAAAAAUCAUUCGAUCAAGUACCAGGUACGCCGGUCUUGAUGGAGUGUCCUGUGUUGCUCUUGUCAAUAUAUCCCACCAAGCCCCUACGCAACUCAACAUUGUAAAGCUUAUGGCCUCCGACGCUGAUACUGAGCCAAAUGCUAACUUCUCGUUCAGCAUUGUUAGUGGCAAUUACUACAGUGACACAUCUUUUGCCUUAAAUGCCAAUUAUACUCUUAAUCUAAGCGCAGAGCCUCAAUACAUCAAUGCCAAUGAACACUUCCACAUUAAUCAGAUCACAUGGGUUGUAAGUGUUUUGAACAGUGAAUUACCAAGCCAAGAUGGGAGCGGUCUCUUUGAGCUAAUUCUGCGGGUUUCUGAUAAUGGAAAUCCACCACUUCAUUCCGACGCUCUAAUGUACAUUCAACAUAGGAAGAACAAUGGAUUCGUUGCAUACCUAUUUGGAAUUUUACAUCACAGUAAACAUGUGAUACUCUUCGUUGUUGCCUGCCUCAUGGUUUGUUCAGUCGUUCUCCCUGUUGUAAUUUGUCUGAUUCGAAAUCGACGAAAAUCACAGGAAUGUGGUGGCAGGGGCAUCGUUGCCUGCGUAAGUGGUGAAGGCGUUGGGCAGAAUUAUCCCCCUAACGAUCGCAGUGCAGCUGGAGGCUGGGCGAAGGAGCAAAUGUUAUUAGCACAACCACCAUUCAUAAGCUCCUUCGAUAUUGCAGAAGAAAUGUCAGCCUCGCUAAUUAGGUGCUCCACAGAUCGCGAGGCAGUCAACUUUAGUCAAAUGUCCAACGUGCAAUGUCAAGUGUGCCCUUCGCUUGCACAGCUUUCGGGAUACUCUGCACUAACCGACCUGAUAGCUGGGGAAACCACGACUGACCAAGGUGCGCUUAACAGCUUUGGCAGGAAAAGUGUUAGGACAACUACAGCUUACUACCUCUAUGUUAUAGUUUUCUAUCCUACUCCAAACAUGGUGGAGCCACAAGUUCGUGAAGAGAACAAUUGUACUCACAGUGCAACUCUGCUUGAUGGCAUGGAAACACCGUCCCAUCAAGUGCUCUUUCCGUAUUCAAACUUUUUGAACGGAUCUCUUGUCCCCAAACAUCCUCAUUUCUCGCAUGAACUCCACACCAGAAGGACAAAGACAGUUGAUAUGUACAACCAAACCCUUCUCUUCCCCAAUGAAAGUAGAAAAUAA